GUUGCUUAGCAACGCGCUUGUGUGCCGUUUUUCCAGUCCGGAAGAGGGAAAGGAAACAGCUCUCUCGAAAUUUAUAAAGAAACAAACGGAAACAGAUAGAAGUUAAUUAAAAAAAAUACAAUUUAAUGUAAAUACAGAAAUGGUGAAAUUACGAGCCAGGUGUAUUCUUGUCGGAGAUGCAGCGGUAGGAAAGAGCGCCUUGUCUCAGAUGUUCUGCAGCGAUGGCUCCCACUUCCAGAAGAACUACACCAUGACCGCUGGUGUGGAGCUGCUGGUGAAGUCAAUGAGCAUUCCAGAGACUAACGACAGUGUGGAGCUUUAUAUAUUUGACACUGCAGGACGGGAGACAUUUGCGGAGACAUGUGAGAAAAUGUGGGGGCAGCCAUCAGUGGUGUGUGUGGUGUUCGAGAUCAGCAGCCUGGACUCAUUCAACAGUUGCAGCCGCUGGCUAGAGAGAGUCCGAGCUCACUGCAACGGACUGCAGUUACCAGGUGUGUUAGUGGGGAAUAAAUCGGACCUGGCAUCGAGGAGAGAGGUGGAGACAGCCGUGGCGCAGGAGUGGGCACGGGAACAAGGUCUUCAGUACCACGAGACCUCCGCUAAAGAAAUGGAGAACUGUGACGCCCCCUUUUUGAGCUUAGCCCAAGCUUUUCAUGCUAUGUAUCAGGAUCGAAGGCAGAUAAUCCAGAGGCUCAGUUGGGACCCCACAGACCACCAAUAAGCCAUGAUAGUCUGUUUAUUGCUUUUAUGUACAUAUUCAUUCAAUUAUGUUUAUUUAUCCCUAACCAUGACAUGGAUCAGAUUAUACAUCUGUCUUCUGCAAGGCUUAGUAUUGGGGCCACUUCUGUAAAUGUUUGUGGACACCUGUAGAUCCCAGCCAUAUGUUGGCCCUCCUUUAACUGUUGAAAGCACACAUAUGUAUUACAUUAUGACUGGUCACAUGAUUAACGCUGAUUAUCUUCUCAUCAUGGCACCUAUUAGUGGGUGGGAUAUAUUAGGUAGCAAGGGAACAUUUUUGUCCUCAAAGUUAAUGUGAUAGAAGCAGGAAAAAUGGGCAAGGGCCAAAACUGCAGUUCUUGUGGGGUGUUUAUGGUCUGCAGUCAUCAGUAUCUAUCAAAAGUGGUCCAAAUAAGCUGAGCACCUCACACUUAUAUAAAAAUAACUAAGACCUUUGAAUAGUUUGAUUAUUCUUUAGAUACUGUAAUAAUUGGGACUUUGGUGGCGAAAGUGGAAGGUCAUUUUAGUUUAUAAUGGGGUGUCACUAAAGGCACUUUUUUUCCUUGUGUGUACAUGUUCUAUAUAACGAUAUUAAAGUAGUUUUUGUUUUGGUUCCA